GAACAAUGCUAGAAAUGUUCUUCAAUGGAUAGAUCUUACCCGGAGCAGGGUUCUUCUAAUCUAGUCAAUUAUACUUCCAGUGAGAACUCACAGGACGAGGAAUCAAGGUUCGGAUCAGAUUCUCCGGGUCCUUCAGGUACUGCGGGAUCCAACCAGGAGCGGGAUCAACGCGGAGAAAUAUCCAAGGACAGUUUAGAUUCAAGUUUUACAGAUGAUUUCAGUGAUGACGAGAGUAUUUGUAGAUCUCCGGCUAAAUCUCCGUUGAAAAGAUCCCGGCUAGCGGCCGGACUAACUCGGAAGAAAAGAUUAGAACCAGACUCCGAUGAGGGUUCCGGAGCAGACGGAGAAACUGAACCUCGUCUUCCAACAGAUCAGGAUUUCCAGUUUACUGAACCAAAAUUCAGAAAGAAAAAGUUCAUUUUUCAUCAUUUCUUAAGGAAUGAGAGUGGAGGUUGUGUUCCGGAUCAAACUAAGGAUCCUGUUGAAGUGACAAUCCCUGAGCAGCUUGCAGCAAGCUACGGUUUAUAUAUCUGGCCUUCAUCACCAGUCCUAGCUUGGUAUAUUUGGCUUCAUCAGGAUAAUCUGCGAGGUAAGCAAGUAUUGGAGCUCGGCGCCGGAACUGCUCUACCAGGACUACUCUCCGCUAAACUAGGUUGCAAGGUCAUUCUUACAGAUAGUUUAAACCUUCCUCAUUGUUUGGAGAACUGUAGAGAGGGAGUGAGAUUAAACAACCUGGAGGAGAGUGUAUCCAUCCAACCUUUGACCUGGGGAGCAUUCUCUUUACAAACCCUCCGGCUCAAGGGCCGUGUUGAUCUCAUCCUUGGUUCCGAUCUAUUCUUUGAUCCGGACGUGUUUGAACCCCUGCUGGUCACGGUGAGUUGGAUCUUGAGAAAUAAUCCUGGAUCUGAGUUUAUCUGCACAGUUCAAGAGCGGGCUGCAGACUGGAGUAUUGAAGGAUUACUCCUGAAGUGGAAGCUCUCCUGCUCCUAUAUAUAUCCGGCGGAUUUUCUCCGAGGAACAGGGAUCAAUGAAACCGAUCUGACCGGAAACCAUCAAAUAUUUAUUUUAAAGAUAACCAACAAUGGAGGAGUUUGAUGCAGCGUGUAAGUAUGUUCGA